AUGGCCUGUGCUGCUCCGCCGUCCUCGCCAACAGGUCGAGCGGCCGAGGUCGAGACGGAGAUUGAGGACAAUGGUGCAGCAGACGACGAGGACGAAGCCGAGACUGGGUUACCGGCUGAUGAGGUAGACGAGGAGCUGGUGGAAGUGGAUACAGUCGAGACCAUCGAGAGGUCGGCCAACAUGCAGCAUCCAUCCGCUGACAGAGCAACUCCUUCGGAGAGUUCGACAGCACGAACUGCAGACUACAGCGUGCCCGAGCAGAGUAAGGAGGUCUGGAAGCAUUUCGGCUGCGACACCGAGGCUGGGCGCAUGCUGAGGAAGCUGUAUAAAGGAGCCGGCAGCCGCGAACUGGGAUCGAAGAUCUCUUACCCGCAGCUGGCCACCCCAGCAACACGCUGGCAGCCCCCACCGAAAGCAAAGCCAGCAGCUCCAAAGGCAGUAGUCCGCGUGCCGCGGGCAGCAGCGCCCAGGCGCGACAUGGACGACCCAAGGCAAUGGCCUGCACCUCCCAUUCCGUGCAGGAGACCUGCUCGUGAGAUCUUCGCUGAGCUUGAGGCGGAGGAGGCGCGCAGACGCCGUGCCCAGCCCGACCUUCCCAAAGGCAAAGAUCUGGACCAUGAGAAGCAGAACCUGCAGGACCGAUUCCGGUACUGUGGCGGCCGAAUGCUGCCCAAGGGCAGCAUGGGAUAUGUGGAGCCUGGCAGUGUCCCGCCAACGGGCGGUGCUGCAGAGGCGGCCACGCGUCGCGAAGACCGGCGAAGGUAUGAUGAGAACGGUUUCGACGGCGAACAGCGGGAGAUUUUUGAAGAUCUCGUGAGGGCGGUGCAGCGCAAGCAGGCUCGCCUGGCGGUCAUUGAUGACGAGCAGCUAGCAGAUCCCAAGCCCAGCAAGGCCAAGACAGCUCGGAACAAGGAGGCCUUGGAGCUUCGCAAUGGUAUCGAGCGUGAUCUCAAGGACAUUGAGACCCUCAUGAGCUUAGCCGAGGGGCAAGCGCACAAGGCGACAGCCGCCUCGUUGAAGUCUCUGGAUACCCAGCGCGCAGGCAAAGAGUUGUUGUGGAAGUUCCCGGUCCCGGUCCCUGCUCCAGCCGCCGGCUACGCGCCUACUGCCCCUGCGGCCCCAACUACGGUCUAUGGCGAUCCGGUGAAGGAGCGGGUCGAGCAGUUGAGAGCUCGACUACAGCAAAGCGGGUACUCCCUGGCACAAGGUUUUGCCUUCUUCGACCAAACCGGAGGUGGAGCUUUGGACCGGGCAGGCUUCAUGAAGCUGCUGGAUUGGGUGCAAGUGGCAAUGACAGCAGCCGAGCAAGAGCUGCUCUUCCAGCGUUGCAGCGCGGGACCGGGCCUCCUGAACUACCGCGAAGUGGCGAAUCAGUUCGACACUUCAAAGCAGGAUGCGAAUGCCAAAGUGAGUCAGCUAGCGGCUUGGUGGAGGGAGCACAACGCGAAUUUGGCGGACCUUUUUCGCUUCUUCGAUGCCAAUGGUGACAACAUGUUGGACAAGGUCGAGUUCACCUACCUCCUCCAAACUGCCGAUCCCUACAUGCCUGAGCACAUGGCCCACACCAUUUUCGACUUGUCAGCCUCCAGAGGCGGUGUUGGGUAUGCCGACUUCACGCGCAGCUUCGGCAUUACGCCGGAGAGCUUGCCGGCACCUGCCCCGACACCUGCACCAAGCCCAUGGCUCACAGCGCCCGAAGCGAAUUCGCUGACUUCUGUGGCCAUCCAGUCUCCAGCAGUGCGGGCAUUGGCGAGUCGCAUCCGAGCUUGGUUGGAGCCGACGCUUCUGUCCAAGAGCCUGGGCCUAGAAGGCCUGGGUGGCGGCAGCCGACGAGGGAAGCUCACGAAGCCACACUUCGAGCACCUUUGCCUAGCUGUGGAGCCGGGCUUGGAGGCCCGCGAGCUGCUGAGGCUCUUUGGGCAGGCGAGAGCAACGCAGGCGAUACCGGGACAAAGCCUCCCGGAAGAGAUCGACGCGGCGGACUUUGUACAGCGCUUCGGGCCUGACAGCCCCGAGCCUCCCCGGUCCCCGGGGCAGGACAUGUGGGCCCUCAGUGCCUUGCGUCGAAUCGCAAAAGCAGCGAGCGCUGCUUUGACAGGGCCAGAACAGGUCUUCCAAAAGUUUGACAUGGAUGGAAACGGGUGCCUCAGCUCCUUGGAGUUCGAGCGCUUCUUGCGAACACAGGAGCCCAAUCUGAGUGAGCAAGAUGUGACAUGGUUGUGGCGGCUGGCGGAUUCGGACCAAGAUGGCCAAGUUGUGCUUCACGAGUUCGUGUGGGCAUUGCGCCAGUUGCAGAUUGAAGCUGAUCGCGCCCAACCGAGCACCGAACCGAGCACGAGCAAGGACCAGGUGAUCGAGGUGAAGGUGGCCCAGCUGGCACGCCUACUGCACAAACGCGGCUACAGCUUAGAGAAGGCACUGAGCGUGUACGACCGGAAGAGGUCCGGCUUCUUGACCCGGGAUUCGUUCAAGGAACUGCUGCGAGCCGCGCAGUUCAAGUUGUCAGACACAGAGGUGGAUGAGGUUAUGCUUCAGUGUGACACGGCAUGUGAUGGCUUGCUCGAUUCACGGGAGCUCCUUCGACGAUUGAGUGCAGCAGCGGAUCGACCAAAAUACCAAUCUUCAGCACCCCAGCCCCCAGGACCUCCAAGGAAUCCGCAACCGCCAGGGCAUGGGCCAGCACCCCCGGCUCCGGCUGCAGCUGUCCUUCCGCCUCCCGCUGUGCCGUCAAGGCCUCUACCUCCAACUCCAGGUGCUCCCAGCGCUCCCAGCGCUCCACGCCCUGGCGCCCCCAUACCCCCAGCAACACCGCUUCCUCCGGGCGGCGCCCGUCCGCCGAUGCCUCCAAGCCCUUCACUUCCAAGGGCCCCAGUCACAAGUCCAGCAGUUCCUUCAGCGCCAGCACCUCCAACAUUGACUGCACCACCUGCACCAAGCCCCCCAAUGCCAGGAGCACCGAGAGCACCCAUCCCUCCUGCUGCCCCUGGCCCUUGCCCGCCUGGGCCUACACCUCCCUCUGCCUGCCCUUUGCCACCUUCGGGACCUCGCAUCCCAACCCCAGCCGUCGGGUCUCAUUGGUCAUCGCGACCUGGGACCGCACCUGCAGUUCCUGCUGCCCCCUCACCGCCAACUCCCUCUCGGCCAAGCACAUCACUUGCGCCGGCUCCACCAAGCUUGCUGGGUUCACGUCCCUCACCACCCGGAGUAUCAGGACCGUCAGGACCACCACCUCCGAGUCCCAGCUCCAGUCUAUUGUCCCGCCCAUCUGCACCUCUGCCGAUGGGCUGUCGGAAUGUGUCUGUUUCAGCCGCGCCACCACCACCUGGCCCCCCUGCGCCUCCGUCGCAAAGCACGGUGACAUCUGGACCGCGCUCGAUCCGCUUCAGAUAG